AUGAUGGCUGUUAAUAGACAGCAGAAUGUUUUACCCGAAGAAGAAUAUUUAGAGGUAAUUAUUUUAAUAUUUAAUUUUUUUAAUUUGUUUAGAUUUUAAAUACCAAAUAAAGUACUUAAAUAAUUCAUAGUAACAGGCUUUAGAUGAUUUGCCUUAUUAUUCAAUUUAUAAUCUCUAAGUUAUUAAAAACUGUUAUUAGUUCUGAAAUUAUUGUACUAAAACUUAAACCUUUUUAAAAAAGGGUUGGUGUCUGGCUCUUGGGGUAGAAAAAUCCUCAAUUUUUUUAUAUGUUAAACCAUAAUAUAAUGUUAGCAAUCAACUAAAAUAAUAUACAUUAUGUAGAGAUAACAUUGUGUUUAUAAUCUUAACUAUUGGGUUUCUUGGUUUUAUCCUUUUUUUUAAAUAAUGUUAUUUAAAAAAAAAAAAUAAACUAUAAUGGUAUUGACAUGUUUGUCAUCAUUUUUGUUGCCAUAGUAGUAUAACGCACACUAGUUGCAAUAUUGUCAGUAGAUCCUAUAUUAAAAGAUAGUCAAUAAAGUAUAUAUUGUAAGGCUCUCAAAACCCAUUUUUUUGUCAUGCUUUUGGUUAAAGACGUCCGACCAGAAUCAUCUUUAUAAACGCUUUUCUGUGCAUUUUAGAAUAUGAGGCUGUUGUCUGGGAUCCCCAUACUGUUAAUAAUGCAAGACAAAUUGAGCAUGUUCAACGCAGGAUCCUUCACUAUGCCAGCUUUAUACUAAAGAUACCUUGCGCGCCUCAUAACUAUACUCCGAUUGCUUUUCACCUUGGUUUAGCCUCUUCAGCCAAGUGUCACUGUAUCACUGAUAUGAAACUCCUUGCUGGUCUAUUGAAUAAUAAUAUUGAUUCGCCUACCCUUCUUUCUUUAACCUGUUUCAAAGUUCCUUCUUGUUCAUCUUCUUCCACUAUCAUAUUAUAUGUCUCGCAUGCCACCACCAACUACAUGGCUAAUAAGCAUCUAAUAUCGUCUGCCAAUGUGGAUUCUGCCUUAAAUGAUUUAUUGUUCUAAUUAUGUGUAAUUUUUAUAUUAUAAGCUAUUAUUUUGUAUACUGCUAUUAAUUACUUUUUGUAAUGACUUCUGUUAUCACAAAUGUUAAAUGUUUCAUAUUCAUAAGAGCCCAACCCAUAUAAUUAAAAUAAAACAUAUAAAGGAAAACCUUAGCUUGGGUUGUGUUUAUUUUCAAUCAGUUUCGAUUUGAAAAAUCAUCAGGUAAUAUCACAACAAAAAUGUGUUUUAAAGAAUUUAAUUUUUUUUCGUCUAUAUUGUACUACCUGAUAAUAUUUUUUUCGUUUUUUUUUUCAGAAUUGUUAUUAGUAAAUAGUAAAUACACACAAUACAUAAUACUUCAGGUUAGGAGUAUUAAUCUCUAAAACAAUAUUUGUUUUUUAAUAAUAAUCAUAUUUGAAUUAGAAAUCGCUAAACAUCCUAAACUCAAUUAUACUAGACUACUGUCUUUAGUGGAUAAUAGAUACACAAACACAUAUAAUAGUUCUUAAAGUUUUAAAUUUUAAUAUAUUUAUAAUAAUUGUACAUGGAAAUUAUUCUGAUUAGCAUUUAAAAUUAACAUUUUAAUAGUUUUUUCUGUUCAAAAUUGUUGGGUUAUUAAAUUUAAUUUUUGUAUUGAAACAAUAUAUAAUACACAAAUUUAAAAUAAAAUAGAUUUCCGUGCACUAUAAUACCUAACCUAACCCAGUAUUGUUUUAUUUGUUUCAGAAUAUUGGUAAAAUUAUAGAAAGAGAUUUCUUUCCAGAUUUAGAAAAAUGGAAAGCUCAAAAGGAUUAUUUAGAAGCAGUUGAACAUAAUGACACAAAAAAAUUAAGAGAAAUUUAUGAGAAAUAUAGUUUGAGCAAACAAUUACUUCCUGUUCAACCAGGUAAUUUAUUGAAUUAAAAUAUGGAACCUGCAGAAGAACUGUCCUUGUUGGUUUACAAUAUAAAUAAAUAAAAUGAUUAUAAUAUACUCUGUUCCAUAUAAGAAUGCACCACCCCUCAAGGUAUUUAAAUAUAUUGUAGAGAAACGUCCUGCCCCCUUCACUGAGUUUAUUCGCUCUACGAUUAAUUGCUGUUAAUCGGCUGCACUAGUUUUGAUCAAUUAUCGUCCGCUGCCCAGUGCGUUCUUAUUUGAAACGGAAUAUAACUAUGUAUCCUUUUUAUUUUUUUGUGAUAUUUUUGUUAGUGCCAAUUUGUAAUUAUUUACAGUAGUCUAUUAAUUAUACUAUUAUAUAUUUAAUAUAUAAUUAUGAAUUUCAUCAACAGAUGCUAGCCCAGAUACAUUUGAAACACCGCAACCAGUUAAAGGACCAUCGAGUAGUAGGGCUGAUAAUCCUACAGAUAUUAAUUAUGGAAACCAAGAUGACUCUAAACCAAAAAACAUUGGUAAGUAAACAGUAGAACAUAAUAUUUAAUCUAUUAACUAUUGAAAUUGUACAUAUUUAUUUUUAACUUCAGUUAACUUGCAAUAUAACAAAUUUCAAGGGAGUAAAAAAAAGUUUGUUUAUUUAAGAAAAAAUGUAUAUCAACACAACAUAUUCAUUUUUAAAUAACUAAUUUGUUAUUGUACUGUAUCAAAAUUCAGUCAAUCCCAUAUAAUAUAUUCCUAUAAAUAAGUAAAUAACACACUACAAACCAAUAUUUAUUUUUGUUUAACAAUACAGUAUAAUUCAAAUAUGUAAAAUCAUAUCUAAGAAAUAAAUUGACAUUAUAUCUUAAGAGGAUGUCAUAUCCACAUGUGCUGUCUCAACUAACAGAAAAAUAGCAAAAUCUACCUCACGCAGACUGCAUAGAACUCUCUUAAUUUUAGUUUAACAGUAAAAUCACCUAUUAUAAAAUUAAAAGAAGACAAUAUUCUGGAGGGUAGGAUAAUUUGUUUUUCCUAUUAUUAUUAUUCCGAAUAUAACAUUCAAUACAUCUGUUAGAACUUAAAGACUAAUUCAGUGUUUUCAAGUAACUAACAUUUCAAUAAUUAAUUUUAAAAAAUAAACGCAUCGUCUUGCCCUUCGAAAUGAUAUGCUCUUUUAAUUUUAUAAUAUAUGCAUUUACUCUAAAACCAAAAUUAAGUGAGUUCUACGCAAUCUACAUAAGGUAGAUUGUGGUAUAUUGCCCGUUAGUUUGACUGACAGCUUAUGUGGGUAUAAUGUCUUCUUAAUAGCAAUUAACAAUUUGUAACAGCAAGUUCGAGAAUUCUAAAAAUUUGUUAGAUCACUUUGGCCAAAAACAUUUUUAUACUGAGGAGACCAAAUUCGUUAAAUCACGCAAUUUUUAAGGUAACAACAUUUUCAUAAGCUAUAUUGCAAGUUGACUGUAUGAACGCUGUUAACUCCUCAUAACCUAUUUUCAUAUUAAUUAUGACAUUUCUAGAAAAUGUUGGAUUGGAUAAGUUUUUAAGUAAUACUACCAGUGAAGAUAAUCAGAGUUUUAAUGAAAUAAUUAAAGAAGCAGAAAUUCAAUUCCAAAAAAAGGUAUUGAAAUAUAUUUUGUAAUGCAAAAUGGUACUUAUUAGUUGUUUGUUAUCAUUCCGCCAAAUAUAAAAAUAAAUAAUAAGUAAAAAUUUUAAAAUGAUAUUAUAUAUAUAAAUUAAAAUGAAAAGAAUAUAUUAUAAGUAUUAUAAAAUAUUAGGAUGGAGGCCAAAACUCAGAAACAUCUUUUACGUUAGUUUCAAACUCAUCUAGUUAUUCAAGUCAUGUUUGCCAUAUGAAUUCUACCAAGUACAAUUCCAGAAAAUUUCUUUUGGUUCUACUAUGCUUUUUAGUUCCCCAUGAAUUCUGGAUGUUACAGGUAUGUGUUUCUGUGUACAAAUCAACAAAAUUAUAGGUAUGAUUAACAGAAUUAUAAUGGAAUCCUACUUGCUGCAAAUUUUUGUAAACUUUCCUACAAUUUGAUAAAAUUAUUAAUCCUGGUCUUAUAUAUUUUUGUUUCAUAGGUAACAAUGUUUUUUCUGAUGAAUCAGAUAUCCUAAUUAUUAUAAAAUACUCUUUGGUUUCCCAUCAUAUUCUACUGAAAAUCCAUUAUGGCAAAAUGUAUCAGUCAUUAUUUUUUUCCAUGCACAAAUAAACUAUUAUCUGUUUUGACAAAAAGACUUAAACCACCAAUUUCUUUAUUGUGAUUAUUUUUUAAUUUCUAUACAUAAUGUAUUAUCAUCUCACGUACAAAUAGAUAAUUGCUCCUAUUGAAAACAUCAUUUUGUUCAAUUUUCAGUUUACACUUAAAGGGCUACAGGGAAAAACAAUAAUAAUCAAUAUUACUAAAAUGUUCAGUAUUGCAGUUUUAAAGUUUCAGAACUAUAAUAAAAACUUGCUAAACCGUAUAUUUAAAUCUUUGUUAUAUUACUGACUGUGAUAUUUAUGCCACAACUUGAUUUGCUUAUCAAUUUAGCUGGAAACAAAUGAAAGGCUAUGGGGAAAUACGAUAAUAGUCAAAAAUAAAAAAUAGCUUAGUUAUAAUAUUAUUUUGUCAUUUUUUUCUAGCCGAAUGAUAUGUAAAUCAAGUUGGGGCAUAAAGAUCAUAGUCAAGGUUUAAAUAUAUUCGGUUUAAUAAGGUUUUAAUAUAGUUCUGAAACUUUAAAACUGCAAUACUGAACAUUUUAGGAAUAUUGAUUAUUAACAUUCUUCCCCAUAGCCCUUCAAAUGACAAAAUGAUAAUAUUUAUUUAUUUUAUUACAAAACCGACUAUGACCCAAGGUACAGAAAAAUAUAUACAUAAUAAUAAUAAUAGGGAAGUACAUAUAAAUUACAUUAACAUAAAGACAUUGUUAUAAUUGAUUAUGAAAAAUAAAACGAUGGGUCCUCAUUAUCAAUACACAUCAUUUUAAACAUUGGUCUAUUAUGAGAGUAAUUUGUGGUGCAAAGAGGAAUAAAAAAAGGAUAAGUUGCUUGGGAGUGGAAGCUGGGAUUUUUAAGGUUAUAUGCAAUAUUAUAAUAUCCAAUUUUUAUUAUUUUUUUUUUUUACUAUUAUCAUUUUCCCCAUAGCCCUUCACUUACAAAAUGUUACUGAAGUCAUUUUUCAGGCCCAAUUGUAUAUAUUGUCAAUCUAAAACUAGUUAUCCUAUGAUUUCUCUUCUGACAUUUCCACUGUGGCCCUUUAAUAGACAUUAUAUUUUUACACACUUUUUUCACACAUUUCAUUAACUUAGACUAUAAUUUUCUUGUGUAAAAUUUAAUUCCUAUAUCAUCAUUAAAAACUACUGAGAAUAAAUCAUUGAAAUUUGUUUUGUUGUAAUUCAUAAUUUUUCAUAUGGUAGGGUAAUAAUUAUAAUGAAUGUCGGCAACGUACAAAUGUUUAAUAUGAAGUAAAAUAUAAUUUUCUCAUUGUGUAAAAUAGAUCACUUAUCACAGAAUAAGUACAAAAUAUAGGAACAGACAUACCCUUUUUUGACAUUAGUUGAAUUGUGUCCCAUUUCUAUAAAACUAAGUAAAUUGCUUUCCUGUUAUAUAUAAUAGGUAAUUUGUUGGUCAAUUAUUCAAUUAUUCAUCAAGUAUUUAUGCAAAAAAAAAAUUAAAAGUAUAUUAUAUAUUUUAAAAAAGUAAACAUUUAAAUGAAAUGGCUUUGACAUAUUCGAAUCUAGUCAAUAAUUUAUUAUUAUAUUUAAUCAUUUUUUCUUGGAUAUAAUUUUCUUUUUCAAUAAUUUGACAAGAUUUUAUUUUUCCAUUAUUUCAUAUUUUUAUAUAUGUUUCAGACUAAAUAUUUUUUAAAACAUCAAUAAAGUUGUGAAUAUUUGAAUGACUAGUGAUAAUUAGAGUAUUUAAUUUGGAAUUAAAUGCCUCACAACUGUUAUUGGUUGUCCGAUUUAUUGUUAGUGAAAAUUCAGCCCAGAAAUUUGGAGGGAAACUUGCAUCUGUUGUAAUUCAAGUUUUUAAUAUGUAUUCCAUAAAUAAAAAUAAAUAAAUAAAUACGUAUAAUAAAAAAAAGCAAUUCAUCGACUAGUAAAAAAUAUCCUGGCUGUAAUUCACCUAGCUCUGUAUUAACAUUUUAUUUUUGAGACUCAAUUUACCGAACCCUCCAUUUUUAAGGUAUAUAUAUUAUAUUUAUUAUUUAUAUUUUGUAUAUUGUUUGGUGGGUCGAUAACAAAUAGUAGUGGCGGUACAAUAAAUUUACUAUGGUGUACUGACAGAGUGAUAAUAAACAAGUACCUACAAAAUAAAAUAUAUUAAAUACAAUUUUUUUUUUUUUCUAGAAUGCUUGGCUAUUUGAUGGUGAAAAAAAGGCAUUAGAAACAGUUGAUAAACUUGAAGUGCCAUCUAUUGAAGACCAAGCAUCUAUUAAAGAUCGACCAUUUAAUAUGGAUUCGUGGACUUUUAAAAAUAAAAAUUAUAUAAUGUAUGUUCCUGACGGAGUUACAUUAACAAAAGAAGAACUCAUAAAUAUGGCCUCAAUGCGACAAAAAAUUGACCACUCUAACACAAGAUUACGGUUGAAUCCAUUUGAUGAACAUCAUAACAAGCAACAACUAUGCAGUUUAGCGCACAUGCAAACCAGACAAUUAGAUGGAAAAAUUGGAGUUGAUGGCAAAGAAUUAACUUCUUCUACUCCUAAAAUAAAUGGAUAUGGGUUUGUUAAAACUCCAUCUCCUGCUCCUGGUGUUAAUCAAAGUCCAUUUAUGACUUGGGGAGAAAUUGAAGGGACACCCUUCCGUUUAGAUGGCAGCGACACUCCAUUGAUACCUCAUAAUUCAGGACCUAUUUUCAAAAUACCCGAACAACCCAAACGUGAACGAUUAGCACAUGCACUUGCAGAAAAAGCUAGUGAAGGUCAUAGAAAUAAAAAAAUUAAAGCUUUAGAAACAGCCCGAAAACAAUUAUCUACGUAAGUGUCUAUUUAAAAAAAAAAAAUGGUAUUGUUUUUAAUUAAAUUUUAUUUAUUUUAUGUUCUAGGCCUUCACCAUCUAAUUUAAUGAAUAGCCCAUUAGAUCGAUUGAAUUCUAUGUCACCAGCAGCUCAACGGUUGGUUUGCAGUCGUUUGAGUUGCGAUAGAAGUAGAGAUAAUGCUUUAAGAGCAUCAUAUAGUCCAUCACCACAUACAACUCCAUCUAGAUCACCUUCCAUCUCUGGGUUAAAAGGUGACAUUAGAAAACUAACUCCAACUAAUAAGAAAAAUUCAUAUGAAGUACCUCAAAACUUAACCGAUAAUCUAUUGAAUAUUAAUGUUACAAAACGCUCGAGAGCUAUAGAUUUCUUUUAA